UUAUGUUCUAGAUAUAAAUAUUUUAUUGAUAUAAAAAGAAGAAGAAAAAAGAAAGAUAAUAAUGAAAACAGGAAUAACGAAAAUAUGAAAACAGGAAACUAAGAUGGCUUUAAAGUUAAAUUGUUCAAAUACAAGUAACAAUAUUGGUGCAAAGGUUGUGGGUGAUUUAGGUGAUAUUCAAGUUACUGAAAGUAGUGAUUGUGAAGAUGACAAUUUUAAUGAAAAGCAAAAAAUUUCUCGAACCAAUAAAUCAACAAUUCCUACAAAUUUAGUUCAAAAUACUGUUCCAGUAUUUGGUAAAAUAGCAGUGUCAAAUUCUGACAAUGUGCAAUUUGGGAACAAUACUUACUUUAAUGGACCUGUAACAAUAAAACAAGUGAUUCAUAAUAAAUCUGGAGUUGACAAUGCUGCUUACUGUAGAACAGAAAAUGAAACUGACCCUAAUUCUCAACAUCUUCAUAAUGAAAAGCUCGCUAGUACCUUAACAAAGAAAGAGCAGAUACUACUGUGGCAUAAAAUUACAUUUUCUGCAGUUUGUUUCACAGUAAUAGGAAGUAUAGUUGCAAUUGUACUUGUAAUACAACAUAAAAGUGAGCAAGAGAAGAAAACCAAUCCACAAACAGAAUUUAAAUCAUCUGAAUCACCCACCGAUACUAUGGUGGUGGGAUAUUGUCAUGAAAAUUUUCAAGUCAUUUUAAUAUUAGGAAUUCUGUUACCAUUAAUGUUGACAAUUUAUUAUUCAUUACUAACAAAAGAUGUUGUCGGUGAUGGAAUGAUUUGCCUUGUAAAGAAGAAUAAAAUUCACAAGAACUGCCUGAACAAGUUUUGCAUGCAAUGCAAUAAAGAAGAUGAUCCACUAUUAAUAGCUCCCGAUCAUUUAAGGAUAGUUUCAAGAAGUGACUGGUUAGCCCAGCCCGUAGAAAAACCCUUGACUAAAUUAGAUCAACCAGUGCCAUGGGUUAUUAUUAUGCAUACAGCCACCGAAACAUGCUUAACACAGAGUCAAUGUGUUCUUCGCGUACGUCUCAUCCAAUCGUUCCACAUUGAAUCUCGUGGUUGGUACGACAUCGGUUACAAUUUCCUCGUCGGCGGCGACGGUUCCGUGUACUACGGCCGAGGUUGGGAUUACGAAGGCGCACACACAAAGGGGUACAACAAGUACAGUAUAGGCAUAGCUUUCAUAGGUACGUUUAACAACGACCCACCGUCGAAACAACAGAUCGCAGCCUGUCAGAAAAUAAUCAAGCGAGGCGUACAGUUACAAAAAUUAUCUAAGGACUAUAAACUUUUUGCACAUAGGCAGUUGAUGUCGACUCUAAGUCCUGGCGACGAAUUGUAUAAUAUUAUAAAAAAAUGGCCGAAUUUCGUAAGCAACGUUACCGAUUUGGAGUCCUUGAUACCCAAAAGAAUUUGAAGACUGACUUCCCAAAGUAUUAACAUCGAAUGAAAGAGUAUUUUUAAUGUUUGUUAUAGUUUCAUGUUAUUUGUUAUAUAGUUAUCUUUACUUGAUAGGAUAGUAACAAAGUAAAUAAAUAGUUGUGUUACGUGGAUAUUUAGUUGUAAUGGUCAUAUUAGAAGUAUUCAAAAUUUCAAUUUGAACAUUAGUAUGAGACAAAUCGACAGUAUAUAUUUUUUCUAAGUCAGUUUAAGAUUUCAUUAGUUCCUUGUUAUUUGACCCUGAAAGAUUGCUUUAAGGAAUCUCAGACAAAAUUGACUAAAAUAUAUUUUUAUAAAUCGUUUUUUAAAACGUUGUUUUCUUGUUAUUUAAAACGUUUGAAAUUUAUAUAUUAAUUAUUAAGUAUUCGAAUAAAAAAAUCGAGACAUUAUUAAUAUCGA